AUGUCUAUAACAAUCCCCGGAUCCCUUGUAAAUAAAACCAAAAAGCACUUUAUGGGUAUGCCCGCUCCAGCGGGCUAUGUCCCCGGUGUUGGAAGAGGUGCGACUGGUUUCACUACCAGAUCCGAUAUCGGACCAGCAAGGGAGGCAACAGAUGUGCCUGAAACGGGGACGGGACCACCGUCGAAAAAGCCAAAAGAGGAGACAGCCAAAGAUGAACCAGAAGAUUCUCUCAACGACACUAAUUAUGAUGAAGUCAGUUCUUUCUAUAAUGGCAGCUCAAGGAGUAAACCGCUUUUUGAAGGCUACGCUGGGAGUUUAUUCGCCAAAGACCCUUAUGACAAAGAAGAUGAAGAAGCCGAUGAAGUCUACAUGGCUGUGGAAACAAGGAUCGAUGAGCGACGGAAGGAUUACAGAGAGAAGAAGUAUAAAGAAGCCAUCGAGAAAUAUCGAAAAGAGAGACCAAAAAUUCAGCAAGAGUUUUCUGAUCUGAAAAGGCAGCUGAGUGAGGUCACCGAGGAUGAAUGGGUCGCUAUACCAGAAGUGGGAGACUCGAGAAAUAAGGCAAAAAGAAAUCCACGUGCUGAAAGAUUCACUCCGGUUCCUGAUUCGGUCAUCGCUAUGUCUAUGAAUUAUGGUGAAACGACCUCCAUGCUUGAUAGCCGAAUUCAGUCUGGAAUGGCAACACCUUAUGGAUCUGGAUUCCAGAGCACAAUAGGUGGAUUGCAAUCAUCUCUAGGUGGAUGGAAAACAGGGAUCAAUUCCGGCAUUUCGACAGGCAAUGAUCUUGAUCUGAUCAAAAUUGGUCAAGCCAGGAAUAAGAUCAUGGACAUCAAGCUAAACCAGGUGUCUGAUUCUGUCACUGGACAGACCGUCGUGGACCCCAAGGGUUACUUGACCGACUUACAGUCAAUGAUUCCGCAGUAUGGUGGUGACAUCAACGACGUGAAGAAAGCUAGGAUGCUGUUGAAGUCAGUCCGCGAGACAAAUCCAAAGCAUCCGCCUGCUUGGAUUGCCAGUGCUCGCCUAGAAGAAGUUGUGGGAAAACUACAG